GUUGUACAGUGUGUUUUCGUUGCCAUUAAGACCAUCGGGAACAUUAUGAUUGUCACCACGCUGCUACAGUUCAUGUUCGCCUGUAUCGGAGUGCAGCUCUUUAAGGGCAAGUUUUUCAGCUGCACGGACGAAGCAAAACACACGCCAGAGGAAUGCAGGGGGACCUUCAUUGUGUUCAAGGACGGUGAUGUGACCCAGCCCAAGGUCCACCAGCGAGUCUGGCACAACAAUGACUUCACCUUCGAUAAUGUCCUGGCCGGGAUGAUGGCUCUGUUCACCGUCUCCACCUUCGAAGGGUGGCCAGCGCUCCUGUACAAAGCGAUCGAUGCCAACGCUGAGGACAAGGGGCCGAUCUAUAACUACAGGCUGGAGAUCUCGGCUUUCUUCAUCGUCUACAUCAUCAUCAUCGCCUUCUUCAUGAUGAACAUCUUCGUGGGCUUUGUCAUCAUCACCUUCCGGGAGCAGGGCGAGAAGGAGUACCAGGACUGUGAGCUGGACAAGAACCAGAGGCAGUGUGUGGAGUACGCCAUGAAAGCGCAGCCUUUGCGGUUAUACAUCCCGCGGAACAGUUACCAGCACAAGGUCUGGUUCAUGGUCAACAGCACCGGCUUCGAAUACAUCAUGUUUGUGCUGAUCCUGCUCAACACCAUCACCCUGGCCAUGCAGCACCACGGACAGUCAGAUCCCUUCAAUUUCGCCAUGGACCUGCUCAACAUGGUCUUCACCGGACUCUUCACCAUCGAGAUGUUGCUCAAGAUCAUCGCCUUCAAACCCAGGCAUUAUUUCUCUGAUGCCUGGAACACAUUCGAUGCCCUCAUCGUUGUUGGCAGUCUGGUGGACAUUGCCGUGACAGAGAUUAACAGUUCCGAAGACAGUUCUCGGAUUUCCAUCACAUUUUUCCGACUAUUCCGAGUAAUGCGGCUGGUGAAACUUCUCAGCAAAGGGGAAGGAAUCCGGACUCUCUUAUGGACUUUCAUCAAGUCUUUCCAGGCCCUACCCUAUGUUGCCCUCCUGAUCGCAAUGAUUUUCUUCAUCUAUGCAGUCAUCGGAAUGCAGACCUUUGGGAAGAUCGCGAUGCAGGACAACACAGAGAUCAACAUGAACAAUAACUUCCAAACCUUCCCACAGGCCAUUCUCCUACUGUUCCGGUGUGCCACUGGUGAGGCGUGGCAGGAGAUCAUGUUGGCAAGCCUCCCAGGCAAACGGUGCGACCCGGACUCAGACGACGGUCCGGGAGAAGAGUACACGUGCGGAAGCAACUUCGCCAUCAUCUACUUCAUCAGUUUCUUCAUGCUCUGUGCGUUCCUGAUCAUCAACCUGUUCGUGGCCGUGAUCAUGGACAACUUUGACUACCUCACCCGGGAUUGGUCCAUCCUCGGGCCUCACCACCUCGACGAAUUCAAGAGAAUCUGGUCAGAGUACGACCCCGAGGCGAAGGGAAGGAUUAAACAUCUGGACGUAGUGAGCCUGCUCCGACGUAUCCAGCCCCCUCUGGGAUUCGGCAAGCUCUGUCCACACCGAGUCGCCUGUAAGAGGCUGGUGACGAUGAACAUGCCGCUGAACAGAGAUGGCACUGUCUCCUUCAACGCUACCCUCUUCGCAUUGGUCCGGACCGCACUCAAGAUCAAAACAGAGGGGAAUCUUGAACAAUCGAACCUGGAGCUGAGGGCCAUCAUUAAGAAAAUCUGGAAACGAACCAAACCCAAAGUCCUGGAUGAGAUUAUCCCGAUGCCCGAAGAUGAAGAGGUGACUGUUGGGAAAUUCUACGCGACCUUCCUCAUCCAGGACUACUUCAGAAAGUUCCGGAAACGACAGCAGAAGGGUCUGUUUGGGCAGCCAGAUGUCUGUACCUCGACAACUCUCCAGGCUGGCUUACGAACUCUCCAGGACAUCGGGCCGGAGAUCCGUCGGGCCAUCUCCUCUGACCUGCUGGAAGGGGACCCGGAGGUGGACGAUGCAGUGGGUGGUCGGAGCGCUGAGGAGCAGCGUUCUGACAGACGUGGCUCCGGGACAUCUGCCCACUCAGUGGCUCUCCGGCUUGGCAGCGAUACGCCCCAGGCACCCGGUGCCAAGCAGCUGAGAAACGGCACGGCCUACCACGGGCAGGGUGUGCAGGACGGGCUUCAGGAUGACCCGGGCGAGGGGUGCCCGCCGAUUUCCGAGAGGUCUCCAGCCGGUGCCAGGACCAGGAGAGAUUCCAGGGAUGACCCGAGUCCAACAACGUUCCACAGAAACGGGUCGGUGUCCGGAGGGAACGUGAUCGAGGACCAUCUCACCUCAGAACAACGCAAUCACAGCCAAGAGACCGAUAGUGGGACACUCACAGACAGGCAGGAGGCGGUGGAGAGUAAUGGCUACUGUAACCGGCAGAACUGUGAUCUGGGACCCAGCACGUACAACUCCUUCAAAGCUGUGCCCAACGGGCAUAAAGAGCGAGGUCUAGUCACUCGAAGGCGACGUUUGCCCCCCACACCAGCAGGCAGACCAACAGCGUUCACCUUCCAGUGUUUAGCUGGUAAUGACAGCAGCGACGAUGUCCCGCUGCCUGGCACCUACCACCCUCGCAAACACCCCCAGCAAUCUGCCCGGCAACAGGGGCGCGGAACAGCCACCACCCAGUCCUGGGCCAGUCCUCACCCCCCCAGGCGCGGCUGCCUACUGUACGCCCCGCUGAUCCUGGUGCAGCCCGAUGGGGGCUGGAGGGACAGCAGGAGAGGGCCGAACGGGCUGGAGCCAGGACGCUGGCAGGAGGAGGAGGAGCCGGCUGAACCGGACAGAGAGCUGGCAGGGUCCAGGCUGAGGGUCCCAGGUACCCUGGGAUACAACGAGAGGCAAGGCAGUGCAGACAGCCUAGUGGAGGCGGUGCUGAUCUCCGAAGGGCUGGAGCUCUGUGCCCGGGACCCCAGCUUCGUGGCCUUGGCGAAGCGCGAGCUGGCCAACGCCUGCCGCCUCACGGUGGAGGAGAUGGAGAUUGCGGCGUGCGACCUGCUGGGGCGCCGCGGCGGGGCGCUCCCUCCCUGCCGGGGCGGCGACGCCCCCUGCAGCGACGAGGAGGCAGCGCGCGGAGCCGCCGAGGAUGAGCUGCUGGACGAGAUGACCUGCGGGGGGCCCUUGUUAGACCGCCUGGCCCCACCGCCCUCCACCCGUUAACCCCCAUGACACUACCACCUCCCCUCCCCCACCCCCCCCGUGUCCCCUCCCCAUCCCCCAGUAAACCAGAACAAAAAUAAGCCUCCAGAACACGUCCAGGUGCGGGGACCCACACAAGAUGGCGUCCGAGUAGGUUUCUCUUUUCGGUUAUCUCCCUGUUCUGUUUCUCCGUCCCUCAUUUUUACCCAUCGCCUGUCGAAGGGCUCAGUCAGGGAGUGGAGUAGGCCCCAGCAGGGACUGGAGUAGGCCCCAGCACCAGCACAGACUGGAGUAGGCCCCAGCAGGGACUGGAGUAGGCCCCAGCACCAGCACAGACUGGAGUAGGCCCCAGCACCAGCCCAGACUGGAGUAGGCCCCAGCACCAGCAUGGACUGGAAUAGGCCCCAGCACCAGCACAGACUGGAGUAGGCCCCAGCACCAGCCCAGACUGGAGUAGGCCCCAGCAGCAGCACAGACUGGAGUAGGCCCCAGCACCAGCAUGGACUGGAGUAGGCCCCAGCACCAGCACAGACUGGAGUAGGCCCCAGCACCAGCACGGACUGGAGUAGGCCCCAGCACCAGCAUGGACUGGAGUAGGCCCCAGCACCAGCCCAGACUGGAGUAGGCCCCAGCACCAGCCCAGACUGGAGUAGGCCCCAGCACCAGCACAGACUGGAGUAGGCCCCAGCACCAGCAUGGACUGGAGUAGGCCCCAGCACCAGCACAGACUGGAGGAGGCCCCAGCACCAGCACAGACUGGAGGAGGCCCCAGCACCAGCACGGACUGGAGUAGGCCCCAGCACCAGCACGGACCGGAGUAGGCCCCAGCACCAGCACAGACUGGAGUAGGCGCAAGCACCAGCACGGACUGGAGUAGGUCCCAGCACCAGCAUGGACUGGGGUAGGCCCCAUCACCAGCACGGACUGGAGUAGGGCCCAGCACCAGCCCAGACUGGAGCAGGGCCUAGCACCAGGCCAGACUGGAGCAGGCCCCAGCACCAGGCCAGACUGGAGCAGGCCCCAGCACCAGCACAGACUGGAGCAGACUCCAGCACCAGCACGGACUGGAGUAGGCCCCAGCACCAGCACGGACUGGAGUAGGGCCCCAGCACCAGCCCAGACCGGAGUAGACCACAGCACCAGCACGGACUGGAGUAGGCCCCAGCACCAGCACGGACUGGAGUAGACCCCAGCACCAGCACGGACUGGAGUAGGCCCCAGCACCAGCACGGACUGGAGUAGGCCUCAGCACCAGCACGGACUGGAGUAGGCCCCGGCACCAGCACAGACUGGAGUAGGCCCCAGCACCAGCACAGACUGGAGUAGGCCCCAGCACCAGCACAGACUGGAGUAGGCCCAUUUUGUUGGUUUUCUGUCUCUAUCUUCGACGUUGGGUUGACGUGUCCGUAUUUAAAGUUGGUGAGGGAGAGUGGAGACACAA